AUGUUUAUUUUUUUCACCAUUUGUAUUUUGGUAAAUUCAAGCAAAGAAAUCAAUCAAGAUUGUGGCAUUAAAUCCAAUAAAUUAUUAAAAAUAAUUGGAGGAAAAGCAGCAACACAAGGGGCAAAUGCGCCCGAAGUAUUCGUUUCACUCGGUUCAAAUUCCUUGUAUAAUCUCGAAAAUGUUUAUCGAAUCAGUCGACAAAUAAUUCAUCCUGAAUACAAUGAAUUUCUGGUUGAGAACGACAUUGCUUUAAUUCAGGUGAAAAUAUCGUAUGAAUCGUAUGAGAAAAUAUUUACAAUAAAAAACAGUGUAAAAAAGCGGAUUUGA